AAAAAAAUACAGCGUAGUGGUGACGGUGACCUUAGUUUGAUAUAAAAAUAAACAUUAAUUAUUGAAGAUCCCGUAUGUACACACAUUUGGUGUAGAGUUAUCAAUUGCAAAAUGAACGUGUUAUUAUCGGGGCUAAAUGAACCCCUAGUUACUCGAAUUUAAUCGGUGUGGUGUUAAUCUGUUGGCGUCCCCUUGUUUUUUAUGUUGUUUGUGCAUUUAUAAACGAUGGAAGGAGGCGAGACUGUUAAAGUGUCGGUAGUGAUUGAUCCUAAACCUAACAUAAUACCAUGUUCGAACACAUUUACCGCCGAGGAGUUGUGCAUAUUAUUAUGUAAACAGUACAAAAUACCACCACUAACCCGUACUUUAUUUGCGUUAAGAGUGAGAGGAAGAAAUUACUUUCUCAAAGAUAACACCCGCGUUUUAUCAAGCACAAGAGAUUAUGAACUAAGGAUUCGUUUCAAGGUGCCAAGAAUAGGACUUCUAAUUACACUGGAUGAAACUACAUAUGACUACUAUUUUCAACAAGCAAGGAAUGAUGUUUAUGAAAACAAGAUACCUGAAGUCAAAUACCCUGAGCACAAACCGGAUCUUCUGGGCCUGGGUAUCACUGACAUGACACGAGCAGUUGUAGAGAAAAAUAUGACACCGAAAGAAGUGGUAAAAAAUUACAAGAAAUUUAUACCAAAAGUAAUAGUGACGAAACAUGGGCCGUACCCGAAGAAAUACGCACACGACUACCUGCCCAACCUAGUCUCCGUCGGAAAUAGUGCAAAUCGCGUGAAGAAAUUAUACCUCCAACAUUUGUACGGAUUGGCGCCGAACUACCUGGCGGAGGAGUUCGAUAGCGUCCUCUGGCGAAACGGCAACGACACGGUGCCCGUGCGCCUCGUCGUCACCCCCUUCCACCCUCACGAGCCGGGCGUCAGGCUCUACAACACGGUCACUAGGAAGUGGUUCCACAUGUGCUCGAUAGAAGAAUUAAUUUAUUUGACGCGAAACGGCGACCUUUGGCUAGAAGUUUCUAGAAGAGGAACUCCUUUAUUUUUUAAAUUUAAAUCGGAAGAGCAGUUGUCGUCGUUCAUCUCUGUUUGUGAUGGUUACUACAGGUUGAUGGUGAAAUGGAUUUUCAAUUUAUCUAAAGACGAUGAGACUCCGUCUCUGAAAGAAUUACAAAGAAUAAAAUGCCACGGCCCCGUUGGCGGAGCAUUUUCGUAUAGAAAGUUAGAGGAGAAGAGAGCUAAGAAACACGGGAGUUAUAUUUUAAGACAAUGUCAGGACGAUUACAACUUAUAUUAUUUAGACGUUUGUACAAAAAAUAGCACGACAGAAACGUACCGCAUAGAAUACCACGGCCACUGUUACACGUUCAACGAGCAGGAGUUCCAUAGCAUCGAGAAGAUCAUCGAGUACCACCAGAACCCGGACGGCAGGAUAUUCUUGAACGAGUGCAUACCGCCCUCGGAGUAUGACAAAUCACAAUUGCUAUUGUGUGGAGAACCACAAAAAAAGGGUGUGAGAAUUGACCAGGCAGAGUUACAGGAGAUAUUAAAAGAUAACAAGAGUCCCCGUUGCUUGCCAAGCAAAGACAUACUGCUUUAUACUGGUUCUGAAAAACUAGGCUCAGAAGGUUUAACGGCGACUUUCAAAGCGCUGUGGAGACUUGAUGAAACUAAAAAAUUAGUAGUAGCAUUCAAAACGCUACAAAGGGAGAAGACUAAUGACUAUUUAAAGGAUUUCAUCGAGCUAGCCAGCAAAUGGGCGUGCGUGCAAUCCACCUCCAUCGUGCGUUUGUACGGAAUCACUCUGAGUUCGCCGACUGCCAUGGUGCUAGAGUAUCUUCCUUACGGCCCCUUCGACGACUACCUCAGGGAGCACGGGUCGUCGGUGUCGGUGCUGAUGCUGAAGAAGGUGUCUGCGACGCUGGCGCGCGCGCUGUGGGACCUGAGCGAGGCGGGCGUGGUGCACGGCUGCGUGCGCUGCGCGCGCCUGCUGCUGGCCGCAAGGGACGCGCGGCUGCAGGUCAAGCUGGCAGGCCCCUCGCUGCGGGGCUACACCGCGCAAGAUGUUCACUGGAUCCCGGUGGAGUUGCACUCGGACAUGAGCCUGGCGCGGCGCUCGGUGGCGGCCGACAUCUGGGCGUUCGCCACCACGCUGUGGGAGGUGUUCUCAUACGGACAGUCGCCCACAGACACCAACCCCAUCCUCACGGCGAGGAGCUACGAGAUGGGGGAGCGACUUAUGAGGCCGGCGCGGUGCCCUAGCGAGGUGUGGGCGCUGCUGCGGCCGUGCUGGCAGCCCGACCCGCCGCGCCCGCAGGCCAUCAUGCGGGACAUCAACCACAUGCUGCACGCCGAAUACGUACCUGUACACCAAUAUGAAGAACCAAAGAUAUCUCUAGAUAACAACAUGGACCACGCAGAUACUGUUUCAAGUGACAGAUUCAUUCCGAGCGAGAGCGACGCCGGCAGCAACAAAUCAUUGAUAUCGGAGGAUAGCAGCGUGCAGUCUAUGAACGGAACGCUCUCCGAACAGUACAACAAUUCGUUCGGCGACAGCAUGCGCUUCAACUCGCUGGGGUCGCUGGGGCUGCCGUACGGGCUGCGCGGCGGCGCGUCGGCGCGCUCGCUCAGCUCCGCGGGCGCGCCCGUCGACGAGCUGCCCGGCGCGCAGCCGCGCCUCAUGGAGUCCAUCAUCAGCCAGGGCAAGACCUACCUCGUCACGCUCAACCGGAGGAUCGGCAGCGGUAACUACGGGCACGUGUUCAAGGGCGUGAUGGAGUGCGACAACCAGGAGUCGGACCGCAAGGAGGUGGCGGUGAAGAAGCUCACGCGCAACGCCGCCGAGCGCAACUCCACGCUCUACGAGGACUUCAAGAACGAGCUAGAGAUCAUGAAGUCCCUGGUUCACGUGAACAUCGUGGAGAUCCUGGGCUACUCCUGGGCGGGUGGCGACGUGCUCAUCGUGAUGGAGUACCUGGAGGAAGGCUCGCUCAACUACUACCUCAAGUUCCAGGGCGACAAGCUGCGCACCGCGCACCUGCUCAAGUACUGCCUCGACAUCGCCUCUGGCAUGGACCACGUGUCAUCGAAGGGGAUCGUGCACCGCGACCUGGCGACGCGCAACAUCCUCGUGGUGAACAAGUACCACGUGAAGAUCUCAGACUUCGGGCUCGCGCGGAUCCUGCCGAGGGAGGAGGACAACUACCGGCUCAAGACGCUGAGGCUUCUGCCCGUCAACUGGUACGCCCCCGAGUCUGCCGUGAAGCCGUACAGCUUCUCGACGAAGAGCGACGUCUGGUCGUACGGCGUGACGGCGUGGGAGAUAUUCACGCGCGCGGCCGUCGAAGUGCCCAAGUUCGACGACGAGCGGCCCCUGGAGAGAGCCUCCUGUUUCCCCAACCCGAAAGACUGCCCCUGGGAGCUAUACGAGCACCUCAUGAAGAUCUGUUGGAAGCUCGACCCCAAGCAGCGGCCGACGUUCAUCAACCUCGUGCACACCUGCAAGCGCUUCAUGGAAGAGUACAAAUGAGGUACCGCCUCAUAACUCCACGGAAAGGUAAAGAUUAAACCCUACAGGGGUCGUCUAAUGCGAUUUAUAUAAACCACAUGCGACUGACCAAAUAGAUGUGCUGUUAACACAUUCGCUCCCAUGCAACUAAAAUACAGACAGCAGCAUAU